CCUAUUGGAUGUUACUUUUUAGCACGCCGGUUUACUGUAACAGAAAGUUUCAGAUUUUAAGCAAAUGUCAAUUGCUAGAAUUUGCAAACCAUCACAUGCAACCUUCCCACCUCGAAGCAAUGCUCUUCCUCCAAGCCUCAACCAGCCAUCGCAUCUAUCUUCUCAUCUUCCCCAAGCUCAAACCUCACUUCUUGUUUUGCCGCCAUUUCUUUCAAGAUCGGAUCUUUUCUAUUGCAAAAUCCCGUUUUUCCUCUCUCUUGCAAACACCAAUUCCGAUUCUACUUGACGAAGUUAGCAACGCUACCAUGGAUUCUCCCUCUGGAAUCGUAGGCAGAGUCUUCAAUUUGGUCUGUCAGUCCUACGAUGAGGGAGAUCAAAGCCUUCGUUUUCUUCACGUCGAUAUCAGCAUUGAGCAGGCAGUCGCCGUCGUCGCUCUUCUCGCUGAUCGAGAGGGUUCCAUUGCUGCGCUCAGUUUCUUCCACUGGGCUAUUGUCCGAGCGCAGUUCAGGCACUCGAUGAGGUUUUAUAUAGCAACGGCCGGAUCUUUGGUUGCGAGAGGGAACUUUGAAAAGGCUCAGGAGGUCAUGAGGUGCAUGAUCGAAUGCUUCGCUGAAGUUGGAAGGUUGAAGGAGGCAUCCAACAUGGUCUUUGAGAUGCAAAAUGGAGGCUUGCCCCUGAGCAUCCACACCAUGAAUCGGAUUCUGAGAAUAGCAGCUGAUUCGGGCUUGGUAGGACUUGCACAACAAGUAUUUGGUGAAAUGUCUGUGAACCAGCUUUCUCCUGACAUGCAUACAUUUAAGACCAUGAUCAUUGCUUGUUGCAGGGAGGGACUUGUUGGAGAUGUCGAGAAAUUGUUCAAAGCAAUGGAGGCAAGAGGAUUCCGAAUGGACAAUGUGACAUGUACGUUGAUUGUGGAUGCAUUUUGCAAGAAAGGUUUAUUCAAAAAGGUGUUUUGGAUCUUUGAAAGGAUGUAUGAAAUGGAUGUUCCUCCCAAUGUGAUCAACUACACUGCUUUGAUCAACGGGCUUUGCAAAAGAGGCAGUGUGAAGCAAGCCUUUCAGGUUUUGGAGGAAAUAGUUGGGAAGAGGAUGAAGCCGAAUGUUUAUACACAUACUAUACUGAUUGAUGGGUUGUGCAAGAUUGGAUGGACAGAGAGGGCUUUUAGGCUGUUUAUGAAGCUUAUUAGGAGCAAUUUAUAUAAACCUAAUGUCUAUACUUACACUGCAAUGAUCAGUGGUUAUUGUAGAGAAGGGAAGCUUAAUCGAGCAGCAAUGUUAUUAUCAAAAAUGAGAGAGCAGGAUUUGCUGCCAAACACUAACACAUUUACUGCUCUGAUUGAUGGGAAUUGCAAACAAGGAGAUAUUGAUCGGGCUUUUGAAUUAUUGGAUGAAAUGAAGGGUGUGGAUUGCAUUCCCACUAUUCAUACAUAUAAUUCAAUGGUUGAUGGCAUGUUUAAGAAAGGGAGGGCCAACGAGGCACAUAAGCUACUUCAAGAAUGUCUACUACAAGGACUGAAGCUUGAUAAAGUUACAUACACAAUUCUCAUCAAUGAGCACUUUAGAAGAGGCAGGAUAGCUCAGGCUCUAGAGUUGUUUGAUUGGAUGGUUGGAAAUGGUUACCAGGCUGAUAUCAAAACCUACACCGUUGUGAUCGCUGGUUGUUGCAGACAAAAAAGAAUGGAAGAUGGUGAGAAGUUGUUAAGUGAUUGCCUCAAGCUUGGACUUAAACCGACCAAGCAAACUUACACAUCCAUGAUUUCUGGGUAUUGUAGGGAUGGAAAGACACAAUCUGCAUUGAGGAUCUUUGAAAAGAUGAUUCAGGAAGCAUGUAUGCCGGAUUCCGUUACCUAUGGUGCUCUAAUAAGCGGGCUUUGCAAAGAUUCUAGAUUAGAGGAGGCAAGAGCAUUAUAUGAGUCAAUGUUGGACAAGGGUUUAGUUCCAUGUGAAGUUACAGGGAUAACUCUAGCGUAUGAAUUUUGUAAAAGAGAAAAAAAUGAGAUUGCUAUGUUGGUGUUAGAAAGACUUGAGAAAAAGCAUUGGGUGCAAGCAACAAAUAUCUUGAUUAGAAAGCUCAGUUCUGUUGGGAAUGUUGAUGCAGCCCUCUUAUUUCUUAACAAGCUGUUAGAUGUUGAUUGCAGUGUGGAUCACAUAACAUACACUGCAUUUCUGAGUGGAUGCUAUGAGAAUAAUAGAUACUCUCUUGUUUCAGAUCUUUCAGAGAGGAUUUCCAUGCACAUCGCUGGCAAUCAUGGCCUGAAGGGUGAAAUCACAUAAAUCAAAGUGUAUCUAUAUGUCCUUAGUCAAGCCCAUUUAUUUCUUCACUUACAGGCCUUAAUGAGGAAGCCAGGGAAAGUGCGCACUGGAGAUCUUGGGGCAAUUUGAUUUACUUUCAGGUUUUGAAUGCCAUGAAAGCAUCAAUAUGGUUGCACCAUCAGUUCUCCCAUGGGUUUUCUUGAUGGAGAUUUGAGUAUUUGUUGGCUUCUUUUAAAAUGCUAAAGCAGUUAACUACACUGCAACUGUUAAAACGCCAUGCUUGGAUCCAGUUAGCAGAUCAGGUUGUCAAUUUUCAGUUUUGAAAAAUUUCGUGAGCUAGAGUUGUUAGGGAAUGUGGAAAAGCUUUGGAAACCCAAAACCUGGCUCUUUCUUGUUCGAAUUUUGAAUUGGCUCAGAACUGGUAUCAUUGAAAUCUUGCUUACUUGGAGAAAACUCAUAGAACUAAUGUGCCAUGGAAUCAAUUACAAUAGCAAAUUUGGAAGUAAGCCGGUUAAAUGUCGUUUUGGCCCCUCAAGACUCUUUUCUCAGGUACAGUUCUCUUCAAUUUUCGUGGUGAUUGCACCAUUUUCCAUCCCAGCCAUUCAUUUAGCUUUGAAGUAUCCUAUCAAAGAGCUCUGAGAAUAUCAGAAGCAUGUGUACUUAUUUCUUCCAAAUGCAAAACUUGCCUGCUUGCUUUGGUUUGAAAUAAAAUUUGUUCUUUGGUCUUCUCUCCAAAUCAGUGAACAUCAUGGGCUCAUGGGAAUGGAUUUAAACUUGAGCAUUAAAAGUGAUUCUUGCAAGUUUUGGUCUUUAUUUUGCGUCUAAGGCUUCGUUUGGGACAGCUUUUUUUAUGCUUCCUAAAGCAACUUUUUAGUAAAAAAUUAAAAUUUUUUAACUAAAAAGCUGCUUUAAGAAUCAGUAUUAGCCAUUCCAAAUGAAACCUAACUAAACUUUUCAUAUGGAGCAGAUCUACUGUCUAGAUUGUUAUGUUGAUCAUGGAAGUCAGGGAUAAGGAUUGUUUGCUAUUUGUCCAUGACUGAAACCUGCAAAUUUAAUCUUAAAUCUUGGGUUUGUCCUGUUUCUUCUAUGUUGUUAUUCUGAGUUUUCUGAGAAAAUUUCAUACUAUGCUUGUACUUAAAUUUUGAUUGUUUGCAU